CAAGUGUUUAACUUUAAUGCAGAUAUACAUUACAGUACAAUAUAUUAUUUUAUAGUGACCUGGGAUUAACAACUUAAAAAUGGAAGAAAGUCCGCCGAGUCCAGUGACAGAAGCCACGGAAGCUGACACAGAAGAACAGAAGAAUGGAAACUCAAAGAUACUCAAGAGAUUGGAGACUAUUCCUGACAUCAAAAGAGAUACUUCUGGAAUCACCACGCAGUACAUAGCAACUGGAAUAGUCAAUUUGGGUGCGUUCGCUUCUGGUGCAUGCGUCGCGUGGUCUUCAUCAGCCCUGCCCAUGAUGACUCUUGGACACUCAGAGAGUCGACCGUCGGAUGGAGUUAUAUAUGCAUCUUUUAACGGAACUCAUCCUAAAAUUGAAUUGACAGAUUCUGAAGCAUCUUGGGUGGCGUCUCUACUGUGCCUGGGUGCCUUAUUUGGAGCUGUUCCAUCUGGUCUUAUAUCUGAAUACUUCGGCAGGAAGAAGACCUUGCUUUACUUGGCGUUGCCUUUAGUUGUUUCCUGGAUUUUAGUUGCUUCCAGCCCUAACGUGUACGGUUUAUAUGUCGGUCGUUUUGUUGGCGGCCUCGCAGUGGGAGCCUUUAGUGUAGCGAUACCACCUUACGUGGAAGACAUAGCCGAGGACAAUCUUCGACCAGCUCUUGCCAACUUCUACCACGUCCAUUUUGCCUGCGGGAUUCUAUUCGGUUAUAUAAUUGGUAUGGUGCACAGUACAUCUUGGCUAUCAAUGUUAUGUGCAAGUGUACCUGUAGCUUUCUUCAUUGCAUUCAUUUUCCUCCCUGAAUCUCCAACGUAUCUUAUAACACAAGGGAAGUAUGUCGAAGCCAAAACUGCUCUACGGUACUUUAGGGGCAUUGACAACGAUGUAGAUUCAGAAAUUAAAGUUUUGAAGGAGUUUAUUAGGAGUCACGGCAGAAACAAGGUCACAAUUAAACAAUUGCUUAGCUCUAGGACCACAAUUAAGGCUCUGGUAGUCUCGUAUGGAUUAAUGAUUUUCCAACAAUUGAGUGGUAUAUUUCCUAUUUUGUUUAACGCAGAGAAAAUCUUUAAGUCUUUUUCAAUAUCCUUAAAUCCACCUAGUGCUGCAAUUAUUCUUGGAUUUUGUUUGGUUUCAUCAACAUAUUUCUCUACAACGUUUUUAAAGAAAAUAAGACGUCGAGUUUUAUUAUUGAUAUCUUUUACAGCAAUGUCAUUAAGCUUAGGUUUGUUGGCUAUUUACUAUCAUUUAAAUGUGUCAAAUUUAUCUAAUAAUAGUACAUGGGUACCUUUGUUUACGCUUUGCUUGUUUGUGUCAGUUUAUGCAGUGGGCGUUGGUCCUAUUCCAUGGUUAAUGUUGCGAGAGAUUUUUGCUCCAAACGUAAGACGUCGGGCCACCGCUGUUACUGCCGGUUUUCAUUGGUUCUUAGCAUUUGGUGUAACGAAAUUGUUCCAAAAUUUGGUGCAUAUCGUUAGCCCUGGUUGGACACUAUGGUUCUUUGCUCUGACAUGUGCAGUGGGAACAAUUUUUGUAUAUUUUUUUGUACCAGAAACUAAAGAUAGGACUCUGGAUGAGAUCCAAGAUGAAUUUGAUGGGAUACAUAAGAGGCGAAAACAUAGGCACGUAAUAGAAGUAGAGACUAUUUAUCAAGCUUAAUAAAAUUACACAUAAGUUUGAAGAUAUUGGAAAAGAUAAAUAAUAUUAAUAAGUAUAUUAAGAAUGUGAUGAUAUCUGUAAUAUUUGUAUUGUUAUGUUUCGCAUCUUUAACAAAAGCGCUGUCAUCUCAACUUAAUGAUCCAUGAUUAUAGUUGCUGUUUACUUCAAAAUUAAGACACAAACUUUAAUUUUUUUAAAAUAGUAUAGUAUAGUAUGUAAAGUUACUUGGAAAUAUAUAUUCAAUAAAUAUAAAUCACGAACUAUGUUGUGAUGUCAAUUAUAAAUCACUUAAUGAAAUCAAAUCUCAUAAAGUAGUAUCAGUAUUUUGUAUAGUUGGCGAAAAUUAUAUAAGUUGAUCUAUAUUGUUUAAUAGUGUAUAUUUAUUAUUUAAAUUAUAUUGUAUUUUAUCAAUUUAAUCCAUAUAAUUAUUAAUCAUUAAUUUAACUCAUAAAUCGUUUAUUUAAUUAGUAUAUUGAAGGUAAUAUUAAAAACAAACAUACGCUUUUCAUAUGAUAGAGUUACUCAAGAGACGUAUCAGAAUUUGAUUCAGUUAAUAAUAAGGUAGUUAAUGUAAUCUUAUUUAAUAAUUAAAUAUUAUUGUAAUUACUUUGAGCAGGCGAGUCUUUCUAACUUCAGCGACUUUCUAAGUCCUAAGCACGGACGAGUAAAAAAAGGACUCCGCGCCGUGAUAUUAGCAAGUGAAGCACCGUUAUGCUAGUUUGCGGUUACAGGGGAUACUAGUUACACAAUUUUUUCUCCCUUAAAUAAUCAUAUAUGGCCAUAAAUACUUAUAUAGUAUCGUUUUUACACUUUUUCACAACGCACGACGGCACUUUUAAUAUAUUUUAUUGACGCAAACUUAUCUGUCACAGACAAUGACAAUUCUCAUAAUGGCCGCCUAUCGGCCUGUAGUAGUGUGUGUGCGUGGGGCUAUGUAUUUACACGUUAAUCGGCUUGUUUUGGUGGUACACUGUUAUGUAAGGUGACACGGAGUCCUUAUUUUUUUACUAGUCCGUGGUCCUAAGCUGAUCGUAAGAAAUUUAUCUAACGUCAGCAGUCAAUACAAUGAUGAGCGACGUAUAUCUGACUUCAUCCACUGGAGGUCCAGAAACUGAAGCCUACAUUACUUCUUUAUGAUCGUUGAAUCAAUAGAAACAUUCUCCUGCCGUUUUUAUCUCCUGAAGUGCAUUUUUGUCUGGAGUAGUUGUAGUUUUAAUUAGAAUUACUUAUGCUAAAGAUAAUACUUGUUAUAUAAAUUUAUUUUUAAUGUUCUAAUAUAAUAUUGUAAAGCUGAA